AUGCAAGGACAUCAAGUUGUUAUGGGAGAUAUUGAGGUUGUCCAGGAUUUUGAGGAUGUCUUUCAGUCACUGAAGGGAUUACCACCAUCUCGGUCUGAUCCUUUCACGAUUGAGUUAGAGCCGGGGACAGCACCGAUAUCGAAGACGCCUUACAGGAUGGCGCCAGCUGAGUUGGCAGAGCUGAAGAAGCAGAUAGAGGACCUUUUGUCUAAGGGGUUCAUUCGACCGAGUGUUUCACCGUGGGGAGCACCGGUGUUGUUUGUGAAGAAGAAGGAUGGCAGUUUCAGACUUUGUAUCGAUUACAGAGGUCUUAACCGAGUCACUGUGAAGAACAGGUACCCACUCCCGAGGAUUGAUGAGUUGUUGGAUCAGUUGAGGGGUGCUACUUGGUUCUCCAAGAUUGACUUGGCAUCGGGGUAUCAUCAGAUCCCGAUAGAUGAGGCAGAUGUCAGGAAGACUGCUUUCAGGACGCGUUAUGGGCAUUUUGAGUUUGUGGUUAUGCCUUUCGGUUUGACUAACGCGCCGGCAGCCUUCAUGAGAUUGAUGAACGACGUGUUCAGGGAAGAUGCUCAGCAGAGUGAUCAGAGUUUUCUAGAUGCGACGAGAGUGACUGGUUCUGAGUAUGAGGUCUCUGCGAAUGGGACUAUCUUGGUUCGUGGGCGAGUUUGUGUGCCUAAGGAUGUGGAGUUGAGACAUCAGAUUUUGGGAGAGGCUCACGCGAGCAAGUUUUCCAUUCAUCCGGGAGCGACCAAGAUGUACCAUGACCUCAAGAGAGCAUCAGGUUCCGGGUGGUCUUUUGCAGAGUUUACCCAUUCAAGAGUGGAAAUGAGACAGGAUUACGAUGGAUUUCGUGGUUGGACUACCUGUUUCGAGGACUACCUGGAGUUGCCUGAGAUUAUGAAAGCCUUUCACAAGGUUUUUCAUGUGUCGAUGCUGAGGAAGUGUCUUCACCCUACAGAGGAGUUAGUGGCUAGGAUUCCAGAGGAUCUUCAGCCAGAUUUGACCGUGCCGGCAGUGCCUGUGAGGAUUUUAGAGAGGAGGGAAAAGGUUCUGAGGAACAAGAGGAUUCCCUUACUGAGGAUUUUGUGGGAUUGCAGUGGUUCUACAGAGGAGACUUGGGAGCCAGAGGCAAAGAUGAAGUUGAAGUUCAGGAAGUGGUUCGACAAGCAGGUCGAGGAGUGA